AUGGAUGCUAUCGGCACCAGUGUCAGAUUCAUAUGUAACCAAUGGUUUAUAUUCUCGAUACUAUGGAGCAACACAACACAAAAUAGGCAUUGGAAUGUGCAAACAGCUAGGCAGAGAGUGAUAGAAUGUUUGGAUGCAGCCGAGUCAGAAAUCGUUGAUAUGAUUGAAAUGAUUGAAAGGGCACAAGCGCUGAGGCAAGCCAAGUCCGAUGAACUUGCUGCUAAGAAGGUGGAAAGAGGCCGGAAGAAGAAGGUUGCAGAGAAAGCCACAGACCUAAGGAGUUCAAAGGCAGAGGCUUGGGAAGUUGCCAAGUUGGAUAAUGAAACACUGCUUGAGAGGUGGGAGGUGUUGAAGGAAGAGUGCCACAUUCAUGGUGAGAAAUUGCCGCUGAAACCACAUGUUACCAUGUGUGCUGGGGUGUGGGCAUUGGUGUGUGGGGAAGAGCAAGGAGAGUCAGCAGAGGAGAGCUUUCUUGAUGAUCUAGAGCCCUCAGAAUGCUCAAGCAAUGAGGAUGACAGCGAGGAUGAUGAUAAUAGUUGA